GACCCCUUGAGCAUUUCAAAAACAACCCUUCCAUCACAAGGUUCUAGAAACCAUAUAUCCAUAUUCACAAUUUCUCAGCUUUGGCACCACUCUGUCGUCAUCAUGUCAUCUUCAACCAGUGACGCUCGUCCAGGCGACGUCAACGCCCUCGGCGGAAACUUUUACGCUGUCACACCUCGAACCGAUUGCCCGCAUGUACCCGCUACUGUGACUAUUCCGGAAGGACUUGAGGGCGAGAUGCCGUGUCAAGAUUGUGGAGAGCCAUUGGAGAACUGGAUUUGCGCGCAUUGUAGUGGAGUGUUCUGUUCGAGAUAUAUCCUCAAACACAUGAAGGCUCAUUGGAAGAAGGAUCACCAUCCUGUCUGCGUCAGCUUCAGCGACCUCUCGUCGUGGUGUAAUGCCUGCAAAGACUAUGUCGACAGCCAGGCGCUGAUGCCGCUCCGCUCGGCGAUCCAUGAGAAGAAGUUUGGGGAGGCUAUGCCGAAGGCCAAGGAUGAUGCAGAGAGGUAAAUUGCCUGCAUGCGCAUUGGCGGUGAAGGGAGGAGAAAAGCUGUAGCGUAAAAACCCAUUGCUGCCGUAAGCUGGUCCGGCCUCUGUACAUAGUUCUCGAUAUGGCGUACGUCGAUUACAUAGGCAGGCAGAAUCUUACAGUGGCGAAGAAUCAGUUGUGCUUUACGUUUCUGAGAGGAGUAUCUCAUUCGGCGGAUCGUAAUAUACUAUUCAUAAGAAACCCAAAUG